UCUAUCUAUUUUAAAGGGGUACUAGGCUACCGGCACUCAAAACAUCAAUGACUUUAGCUGCCUAAAACCGUCAUGAAUGCAUCACCAUCUCCUCCAAUCCCUCCGCCUCUGCGCCACCGGCAGCAACCCAGUUCCCGGCAAGACUCUCCAUGCCCACAUUCUCAAGCUUGGUCUCGACCAAUACGGAGCCCUUCCCAACACCCUCAUCUCCAUGUACUCCAAACAUGGUCUCAUAAAAGACGCCCACCAACUGUUCGACGAAAUGCCUCAACGAGACCCUGUCUCAUGGGCCUCUAUUCUCACCGCUUUCAACCGAGCUAACCUCCCUAACCGGUCCAUUUCCAUCUUCCCCAACAUGUUUGUUCAUGACUGCUUGCAGCCUGAUCACUUUGUUUUCGCUAGUUUACUGAAUUCUUGUGCUGCGUUGAACGCGUUACACCUCGGUCGUCAAGUGCACGCCCAAUUCGUGUUGUCCGCGUUCUCAUCGGAUGAUAUCACGAAAUCGUCUUUGGUUGACAUGUAUGUAAAAUGUGGAGCAGUGGACAUUGCCCGAGCUGUUUUCGAUACCAUUCGUUUAAAGAAUUCGGUUUCUUGGACUGCUAUGAUUUCCGGGUAUGCCCGGAGUGGAAGAAAAUCGGAAGCGGUUGAACUUCUUCGAGACAUGAAAGUACAAAAUCUGUUUUCAUGGACUGCUUUGGUUUCAGGGUUGAUUCAAAGUGGACAUUUCGUUAGUGCGUUGCGUCUAUUCGUUGAAAUGAAACAAGAAGGGAUCAAGAUCGUUGAUCCGUUUAUUCUGUCGAGUGUUCUUGGAGCUUCGGCUAAUCUUGCAGCGUUAGAGCUUGGUAAACAAGUUCACUGUUUGGUUACAAAACUUGGUUUUGAAUCCAGUUUAUACGUCUGCAACGCGCUUAUCGAUAUGUACGCGAAAUGCAGUGAUAUAAUCGCUGCAAAAAUCACGUUUCGUUAUACGAUUAAAAAAGACGUUGUCUCGUGGACGUCGAUAAUCGUCGGGCUGGCUCAACAUGGAAAAGCUAAAGAAGCAUUGGCGUUAUACGAUGAUAUGAUAUUGACCGGACUUAAACCGAACGAAGUAACAUUUGUCGGGUUGAUUUAUGCUUGUAGCCAUGUCGGUUUGGUCAACACGGGUCGUGAUCUUUUCAAGUCUAUGGUAGAUGAUUACGGUAUAAACCCUAAUCUUCAACAUUAUACAUGUUUAUUGGAUCUUUAUAGCCGAUCAGGGUACCUCGAUGAGGCGGAGAAUCUCCUUAACACCAUGCCGUUUGAGGUUGAUGAGGCGGUUUGGGCUUCUUUGUUAAGUGCUUGUAAGCGAUUCGGGAAAACCCAAAUGGGAAUUCGGGUUGCGGAUCGGUUAAUGGGGAUAGGUGUUGAAGAUCCAUCGACGUAUAUACUUUUAUCUAACGCGUAUGCUGGUGCUUCCAUGUGGGAAAAUGUAGCAAAAGUUAGGAAACUAAUGGUGGUCACUGAUGUGAAGAAGGAACCGGGUUAUAGUUGUGUUCAUUUAGGAAAAGAAUCCGAGGUUUUUUAUGCUGGUGAGACGUGUCAUCCGAUGAAGAACGAGAUGCGCGUUUUGCUUGAAGAUUUAGAUGAGGAAAUGAGGAAAAGAGGGUAUGUUCCUGAUGUUAGUUAUGUGUUGCAUGAUAUGGGGAAACAGGAGAAGGAAAACCAGUUGUUUUGGCAUAGUGAGAGGCUUGCAGUGGCGUAUGGGCUGCUUAAUGGUGUCCCGGGAUCUGUUAUUCGUGUUGUGAAGAAUCUUCGGGUUUGUGGAGAUUGUCAUACGGUUUUGAAGUUUAUAUGUAGUAUUGUUGGUCGGGAGAUUGUCGUUCGUGAUGCUAGUCGGUUUCAUCAUUUUAAAGAUGGGAAGUGUUCAUGCUCUGAUUUUUGGUAAUCAGUAGUCAUCUGUGAUGGUGUGGUGGGAUAAUGAACAAAUUUUUCAUUUGUAUUAUGUUACUUUUCUAGUU